AUGGCUUGGAGCGGCGCGCCGCUCCUCUCUGCAGCGCUCAAAGUGGCGCUGGAGGAUGCCACAGUGCUGGUGCUGCCGCUGCUGGCGGUGUUGGCCGCGAUCGCCUGGCUGCGGGCGAGAAAAUCCGAGUCGAGCACCCGACAGGACGUGCUCCUCCAGAGACAGACGUGGCUGGACGCCCGCUUCGGGGCCGCGAGCGCCGCGAGCGCCGGCGGCGGCGCGGCGCCGCAGCUGCUGCGGCGGAGGGUGAGGGCGGAGGCUGUGGCAAAGGCACCACAGCCGCACGCCCCGCAGCCACAAAAGCAGCUGGCACAGCCACAGCCGGAAGUUGAAGAGGCCGUGCUAACGGGAUCGCCAGCUCCGCUUCCGGAGCCGGAAGUGGUAAUUACGGCCGAGGGCAAUCUGAACGAGGUGGGUGAGGUGAGGCCCAACUGUGAGGCUGUGCCGGAAGCGCCGGCCGCGGAGGAAGCGGUUUUGCCGGAGGCGCCCACCAGCUCGUCCGCCUCUGCAGCAGAGGCGGCUGAGGCGCCGGGACCCCUUUCGCGCAAAGACUCGGCGCUUUCGGCCUCCGAGGCGCCCCGCAGCGUGUCGGAAUCCGUGGCUGCUCUGCAGGCGCCGGGACCCGCGCGCCGCAGCAUCUCGGACUCCCUGGCAGCCUCUGCGCAGGCGCCCCGCAGCUUGCCGGAAUCCGUGGCUGCUCCGCAGGCACCGGGACCCGCCCGCCGCAGCAUCUCGGACUCCCUGGCAGCCUCUGCGCAGGCGGUGUCUGGCGAGCUCUUCGAUGAGCUCGCCGAGCAUCUGGAGGCCUCCCUCAUGCAGGUGGAGCUGUCGCAGCGCCACGCGGUGCACCUGCGGCGCGCGGAGCUGCAUCUGCUGGCGCUGCUGGGCGGGGCGAGGGAUCUCCUCAUGAGGUCCUUGCGCGAGGCCCGCGGCGCCCUGGUGAAGGUCUUCGGCACCUGCGACCGCGUGGCGCGGCUGCGGGCCGUUUUGGAGGCCCUGCGCUUGUCAGCAGGCCGGCAGGGGGACCAGCGCCUGGCCACCUGCCGGGCGGCCUGCGAUGCGGUGGAGGGAGUGCUGCGGGACCACGGGCUGCAGGAGAAGUUGCGGCGCGCGCAAGAGGAGAAGCGGCUCGAACUGCUGAGCGCGCUCGGAGAGAAGCGGCUUGAGGAGCAGCGGCUGCAGCGGGCGCGGGAGGCGGAGCGCGAGCAGCUGCUGCUCUUGGAGCAGCGGGAGGCCCUGGCCCAGGCCCUCGUCAGUCCGGCGGUUUCGGCGGAACGCGGAUUGCCGGCGGCUUCGGCUGCGCCGAAGGUGUCGGGGAUGGCGGCCGAAAGCUUUGCCCGACGUGAGCCCUCGAUGUGGAAGUGGUUCCUGGACUACGCGGAGGGCUUGCUCAGCGAGGUGCUCUGCUUCCUGGACGGCUUCACUUUGACCGCCCUGGAGAUGGCCAGCCGCUGGCCGCGCCAACUGCAGAGCUGCUCCCUCGCGGGGAUCUGGCGCUUCGUGCACCUCUGCGCCAUGGGCGCCAGGCCCCCCAGCGCUUUGGCGCGGGCACCGAAGACUGGAGGCUUCAAGGAGCUGUGGCUGGGCCGGGAGCUGCUGCUGCGCGAGCCCAGCGCCUGGCAGCGGGAGGUGGCCUUCGGCCAGGCGCGGCUGCUGCUGACGCCGGGCACCAGCGCGGUGGUGCAACCGCUGAAGCCCGGCAGGCGGUGGCUCUGGAACAUCAUCCAGAACUGCCUGCCGGACUUCGAGCAGGACCCGCGCUUUGCGCCGCUGCAGCAACGGUGGUACACGCACCUCAUGGUGGGGACGGAGGCUGUGACCCAGGCGAAUGGGGUGCAGACCCAGGAGCAGCUCUACGUGUCUUGGUCCGUGUGCUUCUCGGCGGCCCAGGGCCUCCCGCGCCUCUUCCUCGCCUCCGCGCGCAGCGACGGGAACGACGCCUGGGAGGUGGACCUCGCAGAGUGCCGCCUGCCGAGCCGGGCGCCGCUGCCCUGGGCCGCGGCGGCGCAGGAGAUCCACGAGCUGCGGGCGCAGGGCCGGAGCCUGCAGAGCGGGCUCUGUGACGCCACCGAGCUCUGCAGCGCCAGGUUCCAAGGCUCCGGAUGGCGCACCAGCGGCGCGCCGCAGCUCGCACCGCUCGAGCACUGGGACCACCUCCACAAGGAGCUCUUUGGGCUCAGCAAGCAGCCGCAGCAAGGCCGCGCCUCUGCAGCGCUGCUGCUGCUGUUGGCGCUCACUUGCCCCAACCCCUUCGCGCAGGAGCCGGCAAAGCUCGGCCUCGCCAUGGAGAGCCUCCGGCCAAGCUUGGAGCUUCGAUGA